GAGAAGUCAGAGGAGGGAGAAAGGAAUAACUGGAGGAAAAAAGGAGUAACCGGAGGAGGUAGAGAAGAGAGACAGAUACGGGGAGGGUCGCGAGGACGGGGCGAUCUUGGGGCUGCGCUGACCUCGGAGCUCCGGGCAGGGCCACGGCUACUUUUUGCCCGCAUUAGCGCACGGGGUGAUGCUGCUGCUGGACAGUGGGGCCGAGGUGGACAGCCUGAAGCGUUUGCUGGAGCCGGGCGGCGCGGUGAAUGCCCCACGAGACGCCUGCGGUCAGUCUCCAGUGCACUUGGCUGCCCAGGCCGGACAUCCCUUCUUUCUUCUCUGGCAGCUGCAGGCGGGAGCUGACCUCAAUCAACAGGAUGCUUUUGGAGAAGCUCCAAUACACAAGGCAGCUAAAGCUGGGAGCUUGGAAUGCCUCAGUCUGCUUGUAGCCGGUGAUGCCCUAAUUGGCUUACGUAACAAGAAUGGGCAGACUGCAGAAGAUUUGGCAUGGUCUUGUGGAUUUCUGGAAUGUGCCAAAUUUCUCACAACAGUUAAACAUACACAGAGUAUGAAAUUAAGUGAACAAUCCAAAUGUUCGUUCAACACUGACAACUGUGGUUUACUGCUUAAAAAUAAAAGAGCUUACAGAAAUGUGGACAACUCAAAUGGGAAGAAGCAACGAUCAGAUGGUAGGUCGUAUGGUGAUGCCACCCCCCUAGUGAAGAUUUCUGUAUAAAUAUUAGAAUUAAGCUUGUUAUAAUAGUAAAAUCUUACUCAUAUUUAAUAAUUCAGCAAGGCUCAAUCUGUCUUCAGUUUAGAAUACUUUUCAAACUUCAAGCAUUCUCAUGAUGAUAACCUCAUUUUUACUUUCAAGUUGGCAACUGUGAUGCAUAAGUUUGUAUAUCUGCUAAAGGAGGAAAGUAUUUGCAAAACUGUUCCUGAAGUGGUUAAGUUUGUGGUUAAAUAAGAUGUUUUUCAGCCCCACCCUCUCAGCAGUGCUGGGCCUGAUGUCCCUGCCAAGACUCACCCAGGCAUGUGCUCUUCAUGAGGAAUGAAAAGUUCAACAAACUCCCUGAAAGGGAGAUUAGAGAUCGCAGGUGUUGUCCCUCUCCCUCUCCUUUUUUUUUUUUAAAGCCUUCAGAUUCUUCUAACAUUGCUGGCUCUCGCUGGCUCUCCUCUCCCCUGCAUUUUAUGGGUUAUUUCAUGGUUACUGUGUUAGGAAAAGUGUGUAAUACCAGAAUUAAUUUUUUAAAAUAAAGAACUGUAUGCAGAAAAGUGUAUUUUCAGCAAUCUCUAACAAAAGAUUACAGUUUUUGUAUUCAAGGGAAUCUCACCUUAUUUCCCAUAGGCUCAAUGUAUCAACAUUCUUGUUUUUGACUAUCAUGCCAUUUUCUAGGAUCGUUGAGGAUUGACUGUAUUUAGAUUCUGAUUGUAACUAGUGGCUGUUAAGGGUAAUAGGUACCUAAGUUUAAUUAGUCUUAGAGUAUUUUUCUUAAUUACAAAUUAGUAAUGAUUUGCAGAGGAAACAAAAUCAAAAAGUAUUUGUAAAUAGUUAUCCAGACAUAUUUAGAAUUGUGUAGUGGUUUGUUAUAUAUCACACAAACUAAUUAUGUACUUGUAGCAUUCAAUAUUGUCCUCACUGUAAAGGUGCCAGUGGAACAUGUCACAAAGGAAAUAGCUUUUGCUGCUUCUUUUUUUUUAAAUAGGUCAUUUGUGUUAGAGUUGGAAGCUGACUGAAAAGAAGUUUGGAGCAGACCUUCAGACUGAUGAUCUUUUUCUGGGUCACAAGCUACCAGAGUGAUCUAUAAAAUGUUCUCAUCUUCUUCUAAGAAGGAGCAAGAGAUAUUAAAACUUUCUUCUGAGUGAAGAUCAUUUUUAAGAAUACAUGUAUUCACAUAGUUUUGGUAUGCUGCAUUUGGUUGUAUGUGUUCCUACUUUAUAUCUUUAACUUAAACUAAAUACAGGUAUUGGGGGGGUGUUUUUUUUAAACCCUUUCUAAAUACUCCAACGAUAAUGAAGAAAAAUCAGUUUUAAUCAUUCUUCAAUUAUUGUAGCAUUGACACACUAUUGUUAACCAGAGUAACUUGCACAUAAUUUGUGAGACUGAUGUUCUAACUAAAUGGCUACAUUUGAAAUAGCUACUAUAUACAUGUCUUCCCUAUGUUUUUA